GCAACGGCCGCCGACGAGUCACGCGCACGACGCCGAGCUUCAGCAGCGCCUUUUGACGCAUUCGCUCACCAGGGAAAAGGUGCCGGCCUCAGACGACAAUAACAACAGCAAAAUAGUGUGCCUGCAUCUUCUCUUAACCGCCGAGAAGAGGGUUGGGGUGCUCUGUAACCUGCCUCUCUAAUUCCACAAGCCGCCUCCCCACCAACAACAACUCCUUCCUGGGGUGUAACUAAAACGAUUCUCGUCUCAUUUCACCAACUCCGCGCUUGACAGAAAGUCUCGUUCACGACUCAGAAGGAAAAUACUCCCGAUGCUGGAAAUCCGAAAGGGUAUCAUAUUUUUAAGGCAAAAUACUGACCAGAAAAGUUUGGAUGGAAUCUUCAAGCAUGCCUGGAACUAUGGAAAGUUGGACAAAAAGUGAAGAUUGUUGGAAGACAAGAGGUCCAGGCAACAAGCAGAAGCCACAAUAUGAAAGAAAGAUUCUUAAUGAAAAUGAGACUAGAGAAAAGAAUUGAUAAAAUAAAAACAAAAGAAAUCGAAAACAAGUAAACUGCAGGCAUGGAAUAAUAGUUAAGUUAAAUCAUCACAAGGACAUUGUGGACAAUGGACUGUUCUGAAGCUACAGGAAGAAGAGGAGGAGGCCAGUGGCGCAUUUCCGGUGCGCGGCGCUUUGUGAAGCUGUGACUGGAGCAGCUUCCGGUAUUUAACAUAGUUUCAGAUCGCACAUCGUCCCAAGAUGCCGAAGAAGAAGACCGGGGCCCGAAAAAAAGCGGAAAGUCGCAAAGAACGGGAGAAGUUAACCCGGGCGGCCAGGGACAUCGUGGAUGUGGCGAAACACCCCUGUAAUGCCUCUAUGGAAUGUGACAAAUGCCAAAGACGGCAAAAGAAUCGAGCUUUUUGUUACUUUUGUAAUUCAGUACAAAAGUUACCUAUUUGUGCACAAUGUGGGAAAACAAAAUGCAUGUUGAAGAGCUCAGACUGUGUUAUUAAACAUCCUGGUGUCUACAGUACAGGGCUUGCCAUGGUGGGAGCAGUCUGUGACUUUUGUGAAGCCUGGGUUUGUCAUGGGAGGAAGUGCCUGAGUACACAUGCCUGUAGCUGCCCCAUUGCUGAUGUUGAGUGUAUUGAAUGUGAGAGAGGCGUAUGGGAACAUGGAGGAAGGUUGUUCCGAUGUUCUUUCUGUCACAACUUCUUGUGUGAAGAUGAUCAGUUUGAGCACCAAGCCAGCUGCCAAGUCCUGGAUGCCGAAACUUACAAGUGUGUCUCCUGUAAUCGCCUGGGGCAACAUUCUUGUCUACGUUGCAAGGCCUGUUACUGUGGUGAUCAUGUUCGCAGCAAGGUCUUCAAACAAGAAAAAGGGAAAGUCCCACCUUGUCCUAAAUGUGGUCAUGAAACACAAGAAACUAAGGAUCUAUGCAUGUCCACUCGCACAGUGAAGUUUGGCAGACAGUCUGGUGUUGAAGAUGAAAGCACUUCUGGUUAUAACAAUUACUGGAAAAAUUUGGCAUCUGGAGGAGGUGAAACAUAUACUGUUGACGAUGAUGAUGAGUACGGUGAGGAUGACGAGGAGUAUGAUGAAGAGGAGGAUGAUGAUGCAGAAUAUAAAGCAGAAAAAGAGCCUGAUGAUAAAGGUUAUAGUGACACAUUUGCUGCUCUAAAUCUGGGGAGAACCUAUGCAAGUGGAUACACACCCUAUGAAGAAUCAUAAGGAUGUAUUAUGAUGGACAGUCACUGUGGAUGUGGUGUUAAUUCAUAUUUUAAAAUAUACCUUUUGAGUGAUAUGUUCACAUAAGAUGGAUGAUAACUGCAUUUUGCAGUGCAAAAUUGUUCAUUUGAGAAUGUAACUUUAAAACCAAUGAAGAGCUCUUCAAAAUCAUAAAAUAAACAAUUUACUAAUUCA